GCUUUCACGCGGCAGUGGAGGGCACAUCUUCCUCGCCGCUUCUCGCUUUGAUCCGGUCGGGUCCGACGCGUGACCUGGUGAACCAGGACACCACCCUCCGCAGUCCGCACGAUUCCUUUCUUCUCCGUCUCCGCGUCCCAACGAAGUUAACCGAGAAUCAGAGCAAGAGAUCGCACGCAGGAGGGAGCCGCAGCAGAGGAGAGGGGGCGCGGAGAGAUGGACGAGAUCAUGAACAAGGUGGGCACCUACUGGCUCGGGCAGAGGGCCAACAAGGAGAUCUCGUCGGCCGGCGACGACAUCGAGUCGCUCUCGACCAGCGUCGGGGAUGGCGCGAAAUGGCUGGUGAACAAGCUGAAAGGCAAGAUGCAGAAGCCGCUGUCGGACCUGCUCAAGGAGCACGGCCUGCCGGUGGGGCUCUUCCCGCGGGAGGCCACCAACUACGAGUUCGAGCCGGAGACGCGGCGCCUGACGGUGCACAUCCCGUCCCCCUGCGAGGUCGGCUACCGCGACGGCUCCGAGCUGCGGUUCGACGCCACGGUGACCGGCACGCUGGGCGACGGCCGCCUCACGGAGGUGGAGGGGAUCAAGACCAAGGUGCUCGUCUGGGCCAGGGUCACCGCCGUCAAGGCCGACGCCGCCAAGGUGCACUUCACGGCCGGGAUCAAGAGGUCGCGCAGCCGGGACGCGUACGAGGUCGUCAGGGGCGGCAUCACCGUCGACGAGUUCUAGCUGAAACGAUCUUGGUCCUGCUGCUUGGCUGCGCGCUGCACGCUGGGAUGGUUGGUCACUUGCAGAAAUAAAAUUCUACUCUCAGCUAGCACUAGCAGAGAGGUUUGUGCGCAUUGGACUGUGUGUGUUUGUGCUUUACUGUGAGAGAUACUGUAUUAUCUACUGCUAUAGCUGAAGCUCAGGGGGGUCAGGCUCCGGUAGCUUCUUUUUGUAGUCACUGUCAAGUGGGUCAUGCCUUUGACGAGAGCAUGCAUCUGCUGAAGUUCCGAGGCUCCGAGCUUUCAAAGUGUUUUGGCUUUCAAGAAAAACUGAAAACUAA